AUGGCACAGGAUCUUGUUUUCGAACGUCGAGGUGGCCUUGAAUCCAAGAUGAUUCAACUAGGAUCAUGGAAUCCUGCGUUGAGACCGGAUAACAGCCCUCAGCAGGAUUCGUUGCUAUCGCUGGCAGAUUCGAACUCAACUCCGUUACCCGCGAAGCUCUCGACGACGCCCUCGAAGAAUUUACAUAAGCCCAUGCUGCAGCCAACAUUGUCCACGACCGGAGACUCCCCUUCAACGGCGACACAUGCUGAACUUUCACCUGGCCCAUCGGACGGCGUCUUACAGGGUACCUGGGACAACGACAUGCAAACAGCACAUUCAUCAUCUCAGGCCGAACCGGAGGAGUCCCCCAACGAUAUAUCCAACAAUGAUAUAUCUGCGAAGGUUCACAAGCCCAUACAGCCUUUCCAAGCGGAAUCUCCAUCCGCCGAACGAGGAGCUUCCAAUAAACCAACUGCAUCUGAAGGGCUUCCUUGGGGGGACGGUGCUGACGCAUCCCCCGCUUGGGACAUUUCACCCUCUACGACAGACCAGUUUAAUGGAUUGGGUAUGGCUGAUCAGAUAGAUCCUUUCCCGCCAGUGGAUGACUCUCAUAAUCUCGAAUCCCACGAAAAUGGAUAUCCCGAAAUUACACAUGCGGCUCACAAUCCAGAGUCUUCCAACACGCUAUCUUCAACUGAGGGGAAUUUAUACCCAAGGUCGAAUGAGCAAACUGAUUUCUCACCGUGGGGUGCAACAAGUGUUGAUGAAGACCCUUCCGGCGAAUUUUUCAAUCAACUUAACACUCAAACGAAGCCCAUUUAUACGCCGUUGGAGGCAGAGUCGAAAUUUGAAGAAGACAUGUUGAUGAAUAAUAUAGAGUCAUCAUAUCCGACUGACAAUAACCAAGUCGAUAGUAUUGAAGCAAUCUUCAAGGAGGAUGAAUCGGUUGACGAAACCGGCUUUUUUGUUUCCGAGUCAGACAUCCCACCGUUUAACUGCAAAUCAACUUCCCAGGUUCCGGAUUCUCAGCAUUUAGAGCACGUCCAGACGAUGGAUGCUUCGACAAAUGAUGAAGUUAAUGACAGCCGAGUUAAUGAAGUUCUAUCUGCCGAGAAAGAGGUCCGCGAGGAGGACUUAGCGGAGAGGUGGAAGGCAGUUCUCGAUGAUGAUGACCUUCUAAUUGAUGAUGAUUUGGAUGAGCAAAAAACCAUCCAAGGAAGUCUACCGAAUGGCGCCUCUGAAGACUCGUUGGCCAAUUAUGCUUCGGAACCUGUGCAAGCUUCACAUUUGCCGACCCAGCAACCACCACGUGCGAACCCCUAUACUCCAUAUCAACCGUCAUCCUCCGACCUCAUGUCGUCCUUUCCUGGCUGCGAUUACGGGUUGCAUAACGCCGAUGUGACGGUUAGUCCUUUUGCCAUUCAUGCCCAACAAUAUUCGGGAGACUCCAAUCCAAAUAUGCCUGAAAGCUUCUCCAAUCAAACGAAGGCCGGCUACCAAUCCCCAUAUGAUUUGCCAAUGGAAAUCACUCGGCCAAAGCACCGUGCUUCGCAGCAAACUGUUCUUCAGCCUCUUUCAACUACGAAUACCUCGAUACAACCGCCUCCACGCAAGAGCAGCAUGACAGCAGCUCGUCCUUCAAGUUCAAGUUCGGCCUAUACCCCGUUACAGCCUACACCUCCCCCAUUAUCUCGUCGAGAAACCGAGAGAGCUCCUAGCAGCAACUUUUUCGCGGAGUUGCCAACCGUUUCGAGAUCUCGUCCCUCAACCGCUUCUAAAUAUGCUCCCCUGCAAACGGGGACUCAGCCCACCCCCCCUCCAUCCAAUUUUAUACCUCCCAAUGCAAUCCGAACCCCUAACUCGGGCCCGGAAACAAGUGACCAGUUUCAGCUGCAGAAGCCUGAACGGCUAGACCCUUAUUCCUCCCUCCCUGUUCCACCAGGCCCAACCGUCUCUGGACCAUCCGCGCAUUAUUCUCCAAGGCCCCGUACAUUACACCCUGGAUCCAAGCCCCCAUCAUCUCCAAGAUACUCCCCUGCCCCACCCGCAUCCAGCAGGACUCCUUCAGGUAAAUAUGCGUCGCAGCCUCCAACAAGCUAUGCCGCUUCCAAUGUCGUGCCCUUUCAGCCGAGAACUUCAAGCCCCUUGGCACAACAGGAGAAUAUAUCCAGUUCAUACACACAUCCAGCACAUCCAGCCGAGUUUCCCCCCACUCCCUUUCCAUCAAAUGUUUUUCGUCAACCUCCGGACCAAACUCUUCCUCCAGCUACCAGUACCUCUUUCUAUUCUCAAUCUCCGCCGGCAUCGGUUCAGCACCAACAGUUUCCCGAGCAGCGUCCCAAACCACCAAGGCGAUCACAGACCCAAUCGCCGAGCAGGCUCCAGUACCAACCCAUACUAUCAAGCGUUCCCGAACCGUUCCAAAGGCCUGCGUCCGUCCACGGCCCGGGGUCUUCUCUUCAACCUCAUGCCAAUCAGGCGGCUACAGAACGCCCUUCUACAGCACUAGAUUUCAUAUACCCAACUGAUGGACAAGAGCUUGAUCCACUUCAACGAUGGAAGGGAGCACCGAUAUUCAAAUUUGGUUUUGGUGGAAUAAUUGCCAGCUCGUUCCCUCAACACACUCCCAGAUAUGCGACUGGUCAACUUGUUCCAAAAAUAAAACCUUCCCCCGGAGAAACAAAAGUGCGCCCCUUGAGUGAUGUGUUUCCGCCAGGAGAGCCAAGUGCCAAAUUCCCAGGACCUCUGAGAGCUAAAUCAAAGAAAAAAGAGGUCCUCUCAUGGUUAUCCUCUAUGAUUUCUAAGUUCGAAAAUGAUGGCACCUCUCUAGCCACGGUGUCUCCGCAGCAGCACAAUGAGAAGAUCCUUCUCUGGAAAACCAUGCGGGUUAUGGUUGAACACGACGGGGUUUUAGCAGGUAAUCCUGAUGUUGAAAAUUCUGUGCGAUCUAUUUUAUCUCCUCUCCCCGAAAUCACCCCGGCCCCAUCGGAAUCUCUUGGGUUCCAUCCCCAGCUUUCGAGUGUGUAUGAAAGCGUUAGUGGAGAGGCCCAACCGGAGCCGAAGAAUGUGGGUGCAAUGGAGGCCAUCCGUAAGUCCCUUCUAACCGGAGAAAGGGAGCGGGCCGUCUGGGAAGCUGUGGAUCGCCGUUUAUGGGGUCAUGCCAUGUUAAUAUCCUCAACCCUUGAAAAGUCUGUCUGGAAACAGGUAAUGCAAGAAUUUAUUAGAAGGGAAAUCAAGGCUGUUGGUAACAAUACCGAGCCGAUGGCUACGCUUUAUGAAAUAUUUGCUGGCAAUUUGGAAGAGAGUGUCGAUGAAUUGGUGCCACCAUCUGCCCGCGCAGGUUUGCAGAUGGUGAGUAAAAUAGGGGGCGCUGGCCACGUGAAGAACGCCCUAAGCGGGCUUGAAAAAUGGCAAGAGACGUUGUGCCUAAUUCUAAGCAAUAGAAGCCCGGAGGACAAUGUUGCCCUUCUUGCACUUUCUAGGCUUCUUUCGGCUUACGGAAGGAUAGAGGCUUCGCACAUCUGUGCAUUAUUUGCGAAAUCUGCUUCCGUCCCUUUAUUAUUUAGCGGCCCGGGCGACCCGCAGUCACAGAUCGUGCUUCUUGGUACGGACCACCGCCGAUACCCAUUCACCUUCGCCAACGAUCCGAAUUGUAUCCUUCUUACUGAGGUUUACGAGUUUGCAUUGUCCGUGCUUUCUGGUUCUUUAACUUCAAUAGCACCACAUUUACAGGCUUUCAAGCUUCAAUAUGCACUUUCUCUUGCUGAAAAUGGCAACAAGACAGAAGCCCAGCAGUACUGUGACGCUAUUGGAGCUAUUCUAAAAUCAACAACAAAACCGUCCCCGUACUAUAAUCAACGGUUUCUCUCUGAACUUGACGAGCUUGCUAACCGAUUAAAACAAUCUCCUGCUGGUGGUUCCUCUUCUUGGAUGUCGAAACCCAGCAUGGAAAAGGUCUCCGGGUCCAUUUUGGCGAAAUUCAACAGUUUCGUUGCUGGUGACGACAGUGAUGGUGGCUCCACUGGAUCGGGUAGAGCGGGAGAUGCGGACGUUGGACCGUUUGCAAAGAUGGUUGGCACUCCUCCAAUCAGUCGCUCACCUUCUCUUCACGACACCUACGCCGCGUUUGGGUCUGGUCAGCAUAUGCCUACGAUGCACCCCACCUCUCGUUACGCUCCCGCAAACCAGUAUGCCCCUUAUUCUCCAGAUCAACACCGUGGCCGUGGAUCCGUUGACUCGCAAAGAUCACCACCUUCUACUGGCCAUUCUUACUCUCAAGGCCGCGCUUCUCAGGAACUAAAUAAGGGUAUUGAGAGUCCGUACCAUCCAAAUGCAUCCCAUCAUGUUUAUAGCCCACCAUCAGUUCAGGGAAUGGGCUCAACACCACCCCAACAACACACAUAUACUCAGCUGGCUCCAGUUGAGGAAAUAUGGCCCUCUCAAGGCCCAGAGCAUGCAAGCUCGGAAGGUCCGAUUCACUUUGGCGGAUACCAACCUACUUUUAACCAGAAAUCUAGCAUGGAGGAGGAGGCCGGAUCCCUCACUACCCAAAAAACCACCUAUGAACCCCCAUCGUAUGAGCCCGGACCUGCUGAUACCGAUGAAUUAGACAAAGAGAAACCUAAACAGUCAUUUAUGGAUGACGAUGACGACGACUUUGGGCCUCGUAACGAAGCCGUAAGGAAGGCUGAGAAGGAACGUAAAGAUCACGAAGCAAACGAGGCAUUUAAAAAGGCUGCAGAGGAAGAUGCCAAAAAACAGGUGGCAGAGAAAAAGGGGUGGUUUUCGUGGCUGAGUAAAAAGGACCCGAACGCUAGCACUGGAGGCCCAAUUAGAGCUAAGCUUGGAGAGGAGAAUUCGUUCUACUAUGACAAAGAACUGAAGAGAUGGGUUAACAAAAAAGACCCAAACGGCGCGGCUACAACCGCCAACUCCACACCGCCACCUCCCAAAGGUCCCGCACCAGCAAGCCGAUCCGCCAGUUCAACCAGCGCCGGUCCCCCCUGGGGACUCGUCGCCUCGGAACUUCAGUCCGAGCAUACCGUCUUUGGCAGCGCCACUCUCAGCGAGCCCGUUACCGAUCCAACGAUCCGUGUCGACUGGGCUGCCAUCGAGACCAGGAACUGCACUAAGUAA